AUGUGCUUCAACUUGGCCGAUCUCUUCCGUAUCAACUCAUCGAUUCAGGACAUCACCAUCAACGCCAAACAUCUCUUCCUCAACAAAUACUUUUGGGACGCAAUUCAUACCUCGCUUCACAACCCUAGACGGCUCUAUCUUGCAAGAAGCAGUAGUGAAGGCUCGAGUGAACCUGUGUUCUGGGAGGUCUGGAGACGCUUUGAAGAGAUUGAGUACACGCGUAGAUUUGAUUCAUGUGCGGAGGUGUAUGAUGCCGCUGUUGAUGGUUCAGUGCGACUCAAGAGCUUUAAGUGCGACGAGAAACGUUACCUUUCGGCACGCACGCAAGGACUGUGGAGGUGGCUUCGUAAAUGCCCCAAUCUGACAACGCUUCAUUGGCCAUAUAUCAGGUCGGACCUUGAAAAGUUCGGCAUGAGAGAAUUCAACAAGCCGGUCUGGCCGCACUUGGAGGAUCUCAGCCUGGAGGAAAUGGGGAGGUGUGAUGAUGAGGCUGCAAGAGUGUUUUUCGGCCGCCUUGGACCGUUGACGCACCUGAGAAUGACACGUGGAUUCCUUGGACCGCAUUUUUUCGACCUUCUUCGGGAGCGACACUUUGACAGCUUAAGGACUUUAUGUGUGGAAAACAUGUCGAGUAUUACGGGCGAAAUGGUGUUGGGGGUCUUGCAGCACUGUGCACCGUUGGAGGUGUUUGAGACAAGGAGAAUGUCGUUCCUUGAUCUUCGAGCGAACCCUGGACCCUGGGCCUGUCUUGGACUGAGGCGCCUUCGAGUGGCCUUGGAGACCGAUCCUGCGGACCCAGAGGUGGACAGGAUGUUUUUCGAGCAGUUGUCAAAACUCACAAACCUAAAGGAGUUUGACACUAGUCGGUCGCCGCACGACGCCUGGGAAGGUCCGCAAUACCCUUUGCUUCAAUUACGAUUGGACAGGGGAUUGGCGCAACUCUCGAACUUGACACGACUCUGGACCGUCAAGAUUGAAUCUACGGGUCAGGGUUUGAGUAGCGAGGAUGUAGAGUGGAUGUUGGAGCAUUGGCCAUUGCUUACGAGGCUGUCAGGAAAGCUUUCGUCGGAUACGGAUAUUGAGGAGCGCAUUACUGACCUCCCUGUGGAGGUCUUGGACAUUAUUGGAGAUUACCUCGACACCGGGGUCAACAGCUUCAAGCCCCUCAUUCUCACUUCCUCAAAACUCUAUCACCAUUUUUCUCAACGCCUUUGGAGACAUGUCACGGUCCACAGCCACACACCUCCAGAUUUCUUCGGCAUACUCAAGGACCGCACCCACUUUGUGCACUCUAUUCGUUUCAAAGGAAGGGUCCAAACUGAGUACUACCUGAUCCACUACCCAGGACUCCUCGUCUUUGAACACGACAACACGGUUCGGACCAUCGCCAAGGCAAAGGAGGUGUGUCGCAACUCGGUCAACUUUUUUCGACUCAACCCUACCAUUCAGGAUGUCAUUAUCACUCCACGGGAUCUCAGUCUCAACGAGGGCUUUUGGAACGCCAUUUUUGCAUCCCUCCAGAACCCAAGACGACUCAAGCUGGGUAAGGAGGAUGCAGUUAUGAAACCCGUCAUGGAGGGUGGAAGUGGACGAGCGUUCUGGAGGGUCUGCGGUCGGUUUGAGCAACUGCACUGGGGAGGCCUGGUCCCGAUUGGACACGUCCAUGAGGAUGUGGAGCCCCCUGUCUGGCCAUACCUGGAGGAUCUCCGUCUGGGUGAUGUUCGAGGAACGGACGAGACGAUGGCGAGGGUUGUGUUUACCCACCUGCCACCAUCGCUGAAGCACCUGCGAGUGGAUUCUGCGAUAUUCGGACCGGAAAGUUUUGGUAUUCUUCGAGAGAGGGUUUUUGAUAACCUGAGAACUUUGUCUGUGAGAGAGUGUACGUCGUUUAGGAGCCCGAUGAUACUCGAGGCUCUGCAGAAAUGUCCUCGCCUGGAGGAGUUGGACGCGUACAGUAUAACUACAACCGACCUUCGAGGGCACCCUGGAACCUGGGCUUGUCAUGGAUUGACACUCCUUCGAGUCACUUUCAGGAGCGGCCGCGGUGAAGACGAAGAGUUCGACGAUCACGAUAAUAACGACGGCGACGAUGACCAUCUGCUAUUCAAACAUAUAUCGACCCUGACGCAUCUGGAAGAACUCGACAUGACCCGGUACCCAGAAGCAUAUGCCAGGAAUUGGUUCAGCCCAUCUCGUCAAACUGGGCCUCAAUUGAGAUUGGACUCGGGACUGGGUCAACUUUUGACAUUGACAAGACUGAAGAAGGCCAAGUUUUCGGGGAUUGUCCAGAAUAUGAGAGUUGUUGAUGUUGAUUGGAUGUUGCAGAGUUGGCCAAAGCUUGAGGAGUUGUGUGGGGAGUUUUCGCAGGUGGCUAGUACUGAAAAGGAGUUGAGCGCUUUGACAUCAUCGCGGUCGCCAGCACCUGUCGCACUCUGCGCAAAGCCCUUGCCUGCCGCCUCUGGGACCAACUCAUCCUCCCUGCACGAAGAGGACUACACCAUCCCUUUCCCUGCCCUUACCAGCCUCUCCUUUGGGUUCCUCUCCUGGCCCACCGCUUUUCAUGGCACUGUCCCUCCACCAGAUCGAAACGACUACUUUGCAUCGAUUAUCCGUCUCUGCCCAAGGAUCCAGAACCUGACCCUGACCAAUGCAGUUCAUUGUCCUUCCGUACAGCUCUGGGAGACUAUCUUUUCCACCCUCGAGAACCCUCGACGACUUGCAGUCACUCGUAUGGAUCCGACGGAUAACCCGUCUAUGCAAGCCUUCUGGAAGGCGUGUUCUCGGUUCGAAGAAUUGGAGCUCAUAGGAUUCGACAUCCUUACGACAAACGAACUGCCGGCAACUCCUUUCCCUCGGCUCAAACGACUGACCCAUCAACUGACUCCUUACUUUAGACACAGCAUUGGACAAGAAGGACAACUCACCUGGAUAAUGCGCUGUCCGAACCUCACAGCCCUGGAAUGGCGGACAAGUAUCGCUCGCUUCCCGAGCAGGAGGCUGGUUGAAGCGAUCCGUCAAAAUACAUGGCCAAACCUAGAGUCGUUCCAACUAAUAGGAACCAAAUUCAAGGAUGAUAAAUCGGCUCUCAUUCUCCAACACCUGCCGCCCUUGCACGUCCUUCGAUUUCCCAAUAGAUACUUGUCAGAGCUGAGCUUUGGUCGGCUGCAGGAACGACACUUUGCCUCCUUGAGCAUCCUCGACUUGAAUGGAUGUACAUUAUUCACAAGCGAGAUGGUUCUCUCGGUUCUGUCAGGAUGCCCGCUUCUGGAGGAUCUUUCGGCACCUUUUCUUACAGCCAGUGAUCUGCGGCAGAGUGAACCCGCCCGUCGAGCCUGGGUCUGUCUUGGUCUAACGAGGCUCAAAGUCUACAUUACACGCGAUCGAGAGCACCCAGAUGCUGACAAGCUUGUUUUCGAACAACUUUCAAAACUGGUAAAGCUCGAGGAACUCGAUAUCGGGGACGAUUCUCUGUACGACCUCAAUGACGACCUUGUGAGGGACCUGGGAUCUCGGGGAGCACUUCAAUUGCGACUGGAUUCUGGCCUGGAUUGUCUUGCAGGGAUGAAGAGCCUGUAUGCCGUUGAAUUUCGUGGCACAGUGCAAACGAUGAGGGUUCAGGAGAUUGAAUGGAUGCUUGAGAACUGGCCCGAACUCCGAGAAGUGUCGGGGAAACUUUCAAAGAACUCACAGACGCAUGCCAUUUUGAAGGGGAUAUUUGAGAAGAGGGACAUUUGUACCUUUGAUCGUUAA